UAAAGCCAGAGGGCUUUUUUGCAUAAAGAUGAUCCCCUCUUCUUCCUCGUCAGGCAACGCCAAUCCAUUUCCAUGGCGCCCUCGUUCAAGCCGAAUCCGCUGUCACUGAGCGUGCCGGACCCUGCGCUCGACCGCUGGCUCCGCGAUUCCGGCUACCUCGACCUCCUGGACUCCGCCGCCACAGCCUCCACCUCAUCCGCCUCGGCCUCCUCCACCGCCACCGUCAGCCCCACUGCCGGCUCCACCCCAGCCUCCUCCGGCUUAGCCGUGGACGUCCUCUCCUUCGCCCGCACCCUCGCCUCGCUCCUCGCGCUCAACCCCUUCGCGCGCCUCUCCUCCGCGGACCUCGCCGCGCCCACCCCGUCCUGGUCUCCCGCCUUCGUCGGCCCCCCCGGCGUCGCGUCCUACUCUUGGCCGCCGACCCCGACCCAGGCUAGGCUCCGCGUCCAGGAGAACGUCCGCCGGUACGCCCGCAACUACGCUGCGCUCGCCAUCCUCGUCUUCGCAUGCUGCCUGUACCGGAUGCCGAUGGCGCUGCUAGGUAUGCUGGCCAGCCUCGCGGUUUGGGAAGGCGUGCGUUACUGCCGUGACUACUGGGGUCUCACCACCAGCGCUCCAGGGAUUGCCCAGUCUCUGCUGCACUGUGCGCAGAUUGGAGAUGACUCGAUUGCUUCCAUGGGCAGCUCCCAUGAAGUAGAUUGUGCUCCUCCUGUAUGCGCACUGUAGGCAAGGGCAAGGUCGAUGGUUCCAGAGAGAGCCGGCGCCACAAGACAUGGAAGCUCUGAACAGGAACGGAUUUGACAAGAUUACCCUCUCUUACCCAGUCAACUUAUGCAUAAUAUCCCUACCCUUCCCCUGAUGGGUAGAUGAUUUGUACCCAUGGCCUACCUAAAAGCUCUUGGGUGUGGAUUUAUGCUAUGGGUAUAAUUGUCAAUUUGGCAUCCUGUGUUUCAGUUCAUCCAAAAUAAUUAGGGGGAAUCUCCUAUUUAUCAUCCACGAGGUAGCUUACCUUGUAUAUGCCAUGGCGAACAUAUCAAACCAUUUUCUGUUCAUGUCAAGCAUAGAGAGGUCAAACAGCAUCACUGAUAGAUGAGAAAUGAUAUGGAUGAGCAUGUCUAUAAUUUUGGCUUUUGGGAAAUGGUGAUCCACCGAGAUGUUAUUGUAUAUUGCAUCACAGCCCAAUGUUGCAUACUUGCAUUAUAUAUUUAGUCAUGAAAAAGGACUUGAUUGUAGAAACUAGAAGCAAUGAAUAGUGUUCAAAUGG